AUGUGUGUAAAAUUCGGCCAAUUCAUGUCUGACUUCGACAACAUGUUGGCGCGCAAGAAGGAGGAAAAGUCCCGUCUUCGGAAGCGGAACGAAAUCGAUUUGGUCAAUGAAAACGACGAUCUAAUUGCGCAGCUGCUGCAGAAGAUGCAGCACGCAGCAGAGGAAGACCGGCGGCUGAACACUGAGGGUAAACCGGCCACGAAAAAGAUUGCCAUCUUAAAGCAUGUGAUGUCCCAGCUGAUCAAGAAGGACUUGCAGCUGGCUUUCCUGGAGCACAGCGUUCUAAACGUACUGACCGAUUGGUUGGCCCCACUACCCAAUAAGGCUCUCCCGUGCCUGCAGAUCCGGGAAAAUAUUCUAAAGCUGUUGGCUGAUCUUCCGGCGAUUGAUAAGACAUACCUGAAACGGUCGGGUAUCGGUAAAGCCGUAAUGUACUUGCACAAACAUCCGGAUGAAACGAAAGCGAAUCGCGAUCGGGCUGGUCGGCUGAUCUCUGAUUGGGCUCGCCCGAUUUUUAAUCUCAGCGCCGACAUCACGGCAAUGACGCGCGAAGAGCGGCUGGAACGUGACUUGCUGCGGAUGUCUCAAAAGCGCAAGCAAUCCCCUGAGCCAUCCAUUCCUGCGCACGUCAACGACAAGGGAUUACCGUUUGACGACGUUGAAAGGUACGUGAACAUGGGUGCAAUUCGUCCAGGUGAUAUUGGUUGGAUCCAUCGAGCCCGUGUACCUAUGCCUUCCGAUAAAGAGUACAUAAUUCGGCCGAAAUCAAACAUAGAUACGGAUAUGAGUGUAACAAAGAAAAAGUUGAACCGGUAUGAAAUAUCCCUGAAGAAAUUUCUCUACAAGAAAAAACAGAACUCUAGCUGUCGCGCUGCGAAUUUUUCGAUCAAUGAGAGCAAAUUAGGACUCUAA